CAAGGGUGCUGAAGGAAGAUGUCGACGUUGAUUCAAGAAAUAACUAUGGUCGUGCACCUAUUCAUUGGGCGGCUUCGAGAGGGAACACGGAGAUCAUCGAGAUGCUGAUUCAAGCAAAAUGUGACAUUGAAGCGAAAGAUAAGAAGCGUGCAGAAUACUGCUGGAAAAUUUCAUGACACCUGAAGUUAUAUGAUCCUCAUAACUUGAAUGCUAUAGAAAUUUAAAUACUGCCGCUUUCAGUACGGUAUGCGACCAUUGCAUAUGGCUGCAUGGUACGGACAUCAGGAUGCUGUGAAAAUUUUGAUCAAUGCUGGUGCUAAUGUUUCUGCAGUUAACAAGGAGAAAGAAAGUUGUUUUCUUUCUUUCUAUCUGUGUCUGUCACAGAAACAGUACACUUUACUAAUGUGUGGUGCUCGGGGCAACAAUGCCAAUGUCGUGCAAUAUCUUGCGGAAGCCGUGGAAUCGUUGAACGGAGAUGCAAUGGAUUACACUGGUGCAACUGCUCUACAUCAUGCAGCUGUCGCCGGCCAUCCUGGUGUAAUAUCGGCUAUAUGUAACAUUCCACGAAUAGAGUUGAAUGCAACGGAUAAGAUAGGACAAGCACCGAUACAUCGUGCUUGCUCGGAGGAACAUUUGGGAGCCGUAGCGGCUUUGAUUGACUUAGGAGCAAACGUGAACGCUCAAGACAAUGAAGGAAAUACACCGCUUCAUGUAGCAACACGAAUGAGGCAGAUUGAAAUGGUUCAACUUCUAUUGAAAGCUGGAGCAAAUACCGAGUUGACUGAUCAGAUGGAUUUCACUCCGCUUCACCUAGCAGCGAGCCACGGUUGCAAGGGUAUCUUGGAUUUACUCAUACAAAAUGGUGCAACUUUGAACAAAGAGUGCAAGAACGGAAAUACUGCAUUACAUUUGGCGUGCCAAAAUAAUGAAGUGGACACGGUGGAAAUAUUGAUAAACAAAGGUGUUGACCUUAAUUGCUUGAACUUGAGAAUGCAAUCACCGAUACACAUUGCAGCCGAAAUGGGACACACUGAGAUAUGCGAACUGUUGCUCGCGUCAGGUGCGAAUAUAGAACAAAGAGAACAGAGUGGCCGAACACCACUUUAUAUCGCAGCAAGGGGUAGUUUCACAGCUAUCGUCGAUAUGAUCAUUAAAACUGCACGGUUGGAUUAUCCGACACCAGAGAAUUCAAAUUCGGAUAAGGAAGUUCGUGAAUUAACGCCAGCACGAAGACGUUGGAGAGAAGGUUCUCGAGGUGGAAGCAUGUGUAGUAAUAACAGUGCACUUACUGAACCGGUUCGAUCAGUUUUAUGGAAGCUGGCAUAUAAACAAUUGGGACCAGAAGAUUGGAAGAAAUUAGCUCUACAUUGGGCCUUCAGUCAUGAGCAAAUUAAGGCUAUCGAACAUCAAUAUACUGUUGCGAACGUAGGUCCUUCGAGUUACAAGGAGCACGGAUUCCGGAUGCUGAUGAUUUGGACCUCGGGAUUAAAUUCGGAAGCACCAUUGGUAAAAGAAUUGUGCGAGGCUUUGCAAGCCAUUGAUAAGAAGAAUCUCGCUGAUUCCAUUCGAAAGCAAACAAAUCUGGAGAAUGAAGUGAAAUUGAAUUCGAACAAACAGAGUUGUCACGAAUGCUUGAUAGUAUGAAGAUCCUCCCUAUUCAAGAAAUUUCGUGAUUAUUUUAAUAUAAUGAUCGAAUAUUAUUACGUCCAUUCAUAUAUCGUUUGUAUAUCGAUCAAAUAUGUCGCACUUUUUACAAAACUUAUUAUUCACCGAAAAACACAUAUAUAUAUAUAUAUAUAUAUAUAUAUAUAUAUAUAUAUAUAUAUAUCGACGAUAGAUCAUAAUUACUUGUUUCGCGAGAUGCGUUCGAUCUACCUUUAACCGGAAAGUUAAGAUUAUUAUUGAAUAUAUCAAUUAAGAAUUAAAUACUUACAUAAACAAAAGUAAAAUAUAUAUAUAAUAUAUAUAUAUAUAUAUAUAAUCUAUGUAUAUAUCAUCUAUUAUGAUGAUCAGCGUCGUUUUUUUGAAACAUGAACAAUUUGCAAAAGAAAGGCAUAAAAAUACUUACCAUCAAAAAGUCUUCUUAGUUUCCUGAGUAUGCAUUUGUUAAGAUUUCACAAAUUUAUAUCGCAAAUUUAUCUUGCACAAUUUGUGGAUGAUAGUUACGGUAGUCACUUCGUCGGAAAAUAAAGUACAAACUGAAUGAUCGAAAUAAUAUAAUUAAAUCAAGGUCAAUAAGGAAAAGUUUCAAAAAGAAAGGAUAAUGAUAAAAAAGUUGCAUGAGAAAAAUUGAUUUCUAUUAAAAUGUGAAUGUUUAUUAUUCAUAUUCAUCGUAUGGAAUAUAUUUACCUGUAUUACUUUACAGAAGAACGAAUCCAACCUUGCUUUUUCUUUCCCAUUAUUUAUAACAAAA